AUGAUUGUUCACGGAGCAUGGCACCAGCCGCUUCAUUAUACAAAUCUCCUCAAUUCACUCCAAACAAAGGGGUACACUGUUCGAGUUCCAGCUCUCGCUACGGCAGGUUGGGAUCAGAGCGUGUCUGGAAAAAGUGUCUCUGAUGAUGUGGCCAUCUUAAAGAGCACCAUGAAAGAGUAUCUACAAGCUGGGAAGGAGCUUGUGGUAGUGUGUCACAGUUUCGGUGGCAUCUCCGGAACGGCCAGCGUGGUCGGAGAAACUAUUCCAGAGAGGCAGGCCCGAGGAGAUGCUGGAGGAGUGAAGGCGGUCGUCUUCAUCGCAUCUUUCGCUCCUCCUUCCGCCGGUUUGAGUCUUGUCGAUAUCAUUGGUAUCAAAGACGAGUCGCAGCAGCCAGACUGGUGGACGCCUGUUAACGGGCUGGGCUUAUUGGAACCAAGGGCAUCGGAUCUCUUGUACUCCGGGCUCGAUGAUGAGAUUGCCAGGGUGAAUUUCCAUGCUACAGCGCCCCAGAGUCUUCAGAGCUUCCAGGAUAAGAGCAAUAAUGCCUCGUCCGAUAUUAUUGUCCCAAAAACGUAUGUCGUCACGCAGAAAGACGCCAUUAUCCCCUCGGAAGGCCAAAAGGCAAUGGCAACCGCGGCCGGUGCAAAUGUCAUAGAACUGGAAUAUGGGCACAGCCCGUUUUUGAGCGCUGAAGGGGCAUCGAACAUUUUGAAGAUCAUUGAGCAAGCAUCAGUUUCUGAAUAA